UGUCUCUACGCCUGCAAGCAUGGUUGGAAUCUAGAAACAUCGAAUUAUCUCUGGUUCAUUCAACAAAAAUAAUUUGCGGGUUUUUAAAAAGAACGUUACAGAUGAAAAUUGUUUCGUAUUUGAUUAGAUAUUCUCUAUUCAUAUAAAAAAGAUAAAAUCAGCCACAGUAAACGAUGGGUGUCCAUCGUUGGCUGUUGGGUCCUUUCAUCUGCUUAAUUUUGGCCGUAGCCUCUGCUAGGCCUCCAGAAUGCGAAGAGCCUCCCUCGUGGUCCAUCGGAAGGCGGCAACCUCUGGUGGAAGCAAGAGGCAAGGUGACUGUUCUUGCCUUACUUCAAGCUUCCUGACGAUUCUGCUUGCAGCAGGCUUCUAGUUUGGAGUCGCUGCUAAGGCAUUUCCGAACGUAUGGUAUGAACGAUUUAGAAUUCAUGAUAGUGAAUUCUAACUUACCUCAUUCACAAGCUGUUUUACAUGAACUAGAAAACAGAGUUACAUUCAACGUGUAUCAAGAUACUGUUGAAAAGAACAUAUGGGGAUUGAUGGAAGGAGGAAAAGAUGAUAUUUAUGUUUAUGACAGAUGUGGCCGUUUAGCUUACUACAUUCCAUAUCCUUUGAGCAUCAUGAAUUCAGAUGAAGCUCUUGUAGUGUCUGCUAUUUUAGCCACUUAUUACAGAAGUCCAUGCGGCGUGACAUGCGACAAACAAAACAAUUCUUCACUUGAAGAUAUUUUAAAUGCUAAGGAGACGACUGAAGGGGACUUCUUUGCCACAACAAGCUCUUAUUCAGAAGAGCCAGCUUACGGCACUGAAAUUUUAAUUCCUACCGAUCAACCUGAAGAAAACAAUUUUACGCCUUCAAAUGAAACAGAUAUUAAUAAAAAUGACGAAUCUCUGGCGAGCAACGAUCUUCUAAAUAAAAUAAAUGACUUUGAUUAUCCAUUUUAUAACGACACAAUGGAUGAUCUCGAAUAUAAUGAAUCAAGCAUAGUAUUCAAAGAUGACUUGUACAAUAGCUUGCAAAGUGUAUUAUUCAACAAUAAUACAUUAAGCGUUCAAAUUGAAGAUUUAAAUUUGACUUUGUCUAACACUAAUUCUACGGAUGAGCUUCCAACGAACAGCACAUACGAAGAUUCUUCGAAAUCCAACGAUACUCAGAAUCAUGACUUACACCAUGACCAUAAACCAACAGUGUAUGCUAAGCCUUCUUUUCAACCACCUAAAAGAAAAUCAGACCGUUGUAUUGAAGCAGACAUUUCUGUUUGCAAGAACUGGAGCAAGAAAAGGUUGAUUAGAGCACACAACUGUUGCUCAAUCAGUGAAGAACGUCGUGAUCUUGAAAUGUGCAGGAAUUUUGGUAAGAAACGUUGCAAGAAAUUGCGCACUAUCCUCAAAUGUUGCAUCAAGACUGCAUUUAUAGAAACUCCAACAACUUCUGUAAAUGAAACAGAAUCAAUUCAAGAAAAUACUACUUCCACUAUGAGUGAUAAAAUCGAAGAAGCUGCAGUUGCAACAGCAAGUUAUGAUGUUGUUUGCUGUCGAGACCACCCAGAUGGAAAAUUAUGUAGGGUUAUAGAAUCGCCACCUUGUGGUGAAGGUGAGUACAUUGCAGAAAAUGUUGACCUGUCAGAGGUGAGAGAUUCAAAUCCAUCUAAAUGACAAAACGCUCCAUGACAAAUAGCGAAGCCCUCCCAGGGCUUCGACAAAUCAAAAAAUACAAUCGAACGUGUCUGAUGACAGUAAAUGUUCCGAUUGUAUUUUAAGUGAUUGUGAAAAACAGUUUCUUACUCAAAAUAUUUAAAUUUUAAUUGUUGUAUCGUUUAAAAGAAACUAAAUGCUUAAAUUUAUAAAAUUAGACAAAAGAAUGCCUGAUUAUAUUUUAAAUAUCAUCAUUUGAAAGUAAAUUUCAAUUUGAUCACACAUAAUUUUGAAAUAAUUGCUUUAUUUUAACAAAAUAUAUUUAUUUUUUAGGCACUUUUUGAUAAUAAUUUAUGAAAACUGAAAUAAUAAACUUAUUGUAAAUACUUCUUAUAAAAACUAAACUAAUGAACUUAUUAUUUUAGUUUUUAGUUAGAAACUUAUUUAAAUAAAUAACCCCAACCUCUAAACAGUUUAGUUUAUUUAUUUAGAAAAUGCAUUAAAAUGGAAUUUCUUUUAUUAUAAUUUCAAUUUUACAUGCUUAUUUUUUUUUUUUUUUUUCAUUUUAUAUAUAUUUUUUGAAAUGUAAAUACUUUGUGAGAAACUGUUUUAUAAUCACAAUUUUUCUCUAAAAUAGCUAAAGUUAAGAAUAUAUCAUAUGAAAACAAUGGAAAAAAUCUUGAUGGAAUUUCAUUGUUUGAUGGCUGUUUAUUCUUAAUAUAGCUAUAAAUUUGAAAUUAUUUUUUUCUACUAUUUGUAAUCCUGUAUUUAUCUAAGUACAAAAAUGUCGAGAUAAGAACUUUAGAAUUUAGAUCGAUUAUUCUUAUUUAUAUACUAAAAUAUUAAGACUGAACAAGACUUUGAGGCAUCUUAGUUUUUUUUAAUUAAAAAAAUCCUUAUAUCUGCCUUAGAAUAUAUGGGAAACAGAUGAAAUAUUUUUUAUUUCGUUUAUAUUUCAAUGAGAUGCCAUUUGCGCUUUUAAUAAUGUAAAUGACUUUGAACAUAAAGUUUUAUAACUAGUUCUAAAUUUUUCUCUGAUAAAAUACGCCUGGAUUGUGGGCAUUUUUUUUUUAAAUUCUGAACAUUUUCAGUUUGACGAAUAAUGCGGCAAAUAUUUGUUACUAAAUUUCAGUUAUUUUUACUUGUAUGAAAUUCGUUUUAUAAUAUGAUGAUACCAAUUUAAAUAAGAAGAAUUGGUAUCGGAUGAAAGCGAUAACGAAUCUCUGCAAGUGGAAUAACUGAUAUUUUAACAAUUUGUCUAUUAUUAAAUUAUUAUUCACUCCUGAAAUUCAAAAUGUUGACUAUUAUAGUUACCAAGAGAUAUCUUUUAAAUGUCCUAUUUCAUGCUAUGCAUUUGUUUCAAAGAUUGUAAGAAUAAUCUUUAAUUUUUUAUUUAAAUAAAGUAUCUUUUUAUUUUUGUUUUUA